GAGGUAAUAAAGCAGCAGGACUUUGUCCACAGAUUUUCUAUGGGGAGUGAGUGUGUGUGUGUGCACCUCGUGAUGCACUGUGAAUCAACUGUAUGAAGUGCUCUGAGUGGAGGAGGAAACACCUUUUUUAACUAAGCGAAAAUGGACGUAAAGAGUAACCUGAGGAGGGCCCAGUCUCUCAGAAGUGUCAGCGAUGACCAUUCUCUGUCCUGGACGGAGGCUGGACUCAGAGAGAAGAGGAAGUCUGUUUCUCAACUCGUGGCCCAAUAUCAGAACUCACAGAGUGGAAAAGCAACUAAAGCAGAUCCAGUGGAAAACAAGCAAAAGUCAACUCUGCAGAUUGCUCCCAUUCCUGUGACAGAGUCUUUGACCAAACUGGACACUCUGGUGCAGAAUAAUGAAACCAAGGAGAGUCCAAAGCUUCGGUCCAGCUUUGGCGGCCACUCAAAUCUCACUCGUAGUAAGUCUAUGGAAAUCCUUCCUCGACAAAAAAGCAUAAGCACAAGUGCUCUCAGAGAGCUCUAUGAGUCAAAGGUGGCCAAACAGACCAAGAGCAUUCAACAGCCCAUAAGCAGUCCACAACCCAAGAGCAUUCAGGAGGCCAAGAGUGCCCAACAACCGAAUAAGGUCAAUCAGCUACAUAAUAACCUACUCAAAGAGGAUGCUGGGAUUAAUCAUAAAGCUACUGAGGAGCCAAAAGUGCAAACGGAGUCAAAAGGCACUAAAAGACUACCACCUAAAGAGGAGAAUCCAAUCUCAAAGGUGGAGAAAACUCAACGUCCAGAAAGAAGAAAGACCAUAACAGGAGUUUAUACUGAAAAAAUAUCCUCUCAAGACGAUGAUAAAAGGAAAUCGGUUGCAGACUUCAGAGACUGCUUCACUCUCUACGGCCAGGACACGUCCCCUGUUUCUGUCAAAGCCAUAUCUGCUUUAUAUCUGUCUAAAGUGGCAGCUGCAGAGCCUACAGGGAGCCUUUUAAAACCAGAACAAGAUCCUGUCUCUCCAACCAAAACAAGAGUCAGCAGGAUGGCUGAGGUGGCACAAAAAGACUCUGAGCAACAUGAAAAUAUGCUGUCAAACGAUGAUUCAACUCAACCUGAUUUAGCCUAUCCCGUCUCACCACCUUGUUCCAGGGCUGAAAGCCUGUCCCCCAUUCCACCUCCCCCUUCGAAAGAAGCCAUCUCCACAAUGUACCAGCAACGUCAGAAGUAUGAGCUGAGGCGCCUCCUGAAACACACUUGUCCGGAGCUGAAAGGGCUGGUCAACGUGGUGGACGAGGAGUUGGCUGACAUACUAAACUCUAGUCUAGCCGCAGAAACUGCGUACGGGGGUGAGGUCCAGUCGAGGCGCUGGAUAUUUGAGAACGGUGCUGUCAACAAUGAGGAAUCCCUGGACACACAAACACAUUGCAUGGACAAGAGUGUUCAAGGGGGACAUGUGUUUGAACAAGCCGCAAGUACCUUGCCAGAAGAAGGGUCAGUACACAGGGCAGUACAGUCUCUUUUUGCUUCUGUUGAGACUAGCAAAGAGCAAAAAUCCCACACAGAGUUUGACCCAAUCCAACUAAAAGAAUCCGGACAACUUGAUCAAGAGGAGGACUUUAGGGUGGAUGUUAAAGCUACACGGAAAAUGUUUGAAGGCCAAUCAAACGAUGUGAACCCGGAGGACGUGAUUCCAAGGAAGCUUGUUGUGUCCGAUGAAGAAAAGGGAGCCGUCCAAAAACAAAAGAGAGACUUUGAGACUUGCCAAACAAUGUCAGACAGUGUAAAAAGAACCAAUCCACUUGACAUUACACAUAUUACAGAUGUGGAUCAGGAUUGUGAGGCAUAUCUUGGCAUAUCUAAAGCCAAAGAAAUGUUUGAAAAGGGAACACAAGAAUCCGCAAACGCCAAUGUAAACACGGUUGAAAUGGAUGAAAUUCUAAAGGCGAAUGUGAGAAACAGAGCCCAGAUAUUUGAGUCAACCCCACUAGACAGGAUCAAUUGGCAAAAUGGCUCAGAAUUGGCUAAUGUAGAAGAAAGCAUGAGCAAGACUUUAGCUUCUCUUCAUAACUUCAGUGUCAUCCAUUCCCAUGGUAUCCUAAUUGAAGCCAGUGAGGCUGCCCAUGUGAGAAAGGCAAAGUACAACUACACUGAAGAUAAAGAUCCAGAAAUUGAACAUGAAGAGACCAUUAUGAUGAGUAUGAAGAGUGUCUUGCUUCAGCAUUUGACGAGAGUGAAUCUUAAUUCACGUAUAGCCUUUCUGAAGGAGGAUGAUCAAGGCAAUGUGGACAUCAAGAGCAUAGAUGUCCCAACUUACCAACUUCCAUUCACCGUAAACCAGGACAAAGAGUACAGAACAACUGUUAUGGUUCAGGUCGUCGAAGACUUGCUUGGUCAAGAGACAAGUGUAGGAAAAGGUGUUUUAAUACAAGAAGAACAAUGUGCGAUGGGAUCAAUAGAGAUAUUGGUAUAUGUUCUGUUUAGACAUGAUGGCCAUAAUUACACAGGUCAAACAGCACAGAUUUUUCUUGGUUCUGGUGUGACCAACAAAGAGGAACCACCUUGCCAACAGUUUGAUGUGACACCACAAACAGAAAAAGAAAAUGAAGCACCGACUGAAGAGGAGAACUUCAAGGUAGACGUCAAAGCCACAAGAAAAAUGUUUGAAGGUCAGUCAAUGGACACCUUCAGAGACAUCCCAGAGGAUGUGAUUCCAGGAAGAGUUCUAUCUGGGGAUGAAAAUGAUACUCUUAUAAAAACAAAGGGUGAUGACACACCAAACAUAACAUACACCCCACCACCACCCGUCUUGGAUGAUGACCCAACUUUAUUUGCAAUUGAUGAAAAUAGGACAAGUAACGUCAAAUUGUUUCGAAGCUGCAUUGAAAAGGGAGAACUGGACUACCUCAAGAAUCUGCAGAAAAGUCAAUCAGAAGAAGACCUUACAGUCACUUCUGAGGAAAGAGAUCAAAAUGUUAUUGCACCUGGUAAUCUCAAGACAAUCCGAGCCUUGUUUGCCAAUCCUGACAAUGCUGAGUCUUCUCUGCAGACCGAUAAACCUGUUCAAAAAGAAUUUAAAGAACCAGCCAAUGUGCUGGAAAAUGGGAAUGAAACACUUCCAAGUCCUGCAGAGAUUGAAAGUUGCAUUGCUGAAAAGGAAAAUUCAGAACCUGACAGAUUACAACAUGCUCAAGAAGAUACAAAUCAUAUGCCCAGUGAAAACUCAAAGGACGAAGGGAGGGUUCAUCAGGUAGAGCUGGUUCAUGUUGCAGAAGAUGAUGAGUUGUCAAACCUUCAAGCAGCCAUUCUGAGUUUACAACAGGCCACAGAAGAGGCAAAAGCUCUUCAACAAAGUGUUUGGGAGAAGCAAAAGGACAUCCCUCCAACAAUGGAUCAAAUCAUAAGCGUAGAUUCAAACAACCAAUACCCUGCAGAAGCCACGGAAGAUCAUAUUAAGGACAUAGUAGAGUCCUCACAAAAUCCUGAAACUGAACAUGAACCUGAAGAAAAAGAGGAGGUCACAAGAGGCAGUGUGCAAGCAGCUCUUGAAUCACUGGGAAAAUCCAGUUUCAAUGUCUCAAAAGGGGAUUUUAAAACAGCAAUGAUUUAUAGGAACGCAGGAAAAACUUGCACUGUGCAGAAGAAAAUAACACAUGUGGAGACUGCUGUCAAACAGUCCACUGACAUGAUUUACAACUCAGUAGACCAAGCAUGCAUUUCCUCCCCCAUGUCUGGACAGGUGACUCCUGACGCACAGCAUGAAGGAGCUGAAACUGGUCCAUGUCAAGGACAGACUACAAAUAGAACACAAAUGGCAUGCCUCCCUCCGAAUAACCAAACCCACCCACAGGGUUCUCUACAGGCAAGCAAAAAAUCUCAUGGACCUAAGCCAGCCAUUCCACCAAAACCAGACCAUUUGAAAGGAAAUCAUGGCUCAGACAGAUUAGGCAUCCAUGGGUGCACAACCACUAACACAAGCUCUGUAGUUAAACAACAUGUAGAACAAAAUCAUGUUCAAAUAAAGACGGUCAAGCAACAGAGUGAGAGCCACAUCAUCACCAAUCAUCAUCAAAGUCCUGAAGGAAAUUAUGUAGCUCCAGAAGAAGCUCCAGAGAAGGAACAACUAGAAGAGAGCCAAAUGAACUCCCCAGCGAAUGAGGCUACUCCAGGGUUUCAAACGUCCCUGCAAAACUUUGGAGGCAAGACAGGCCGAACAACAGCACCUGUCAAACCCAAAAGAAUCAAGAUGGCGACAAGCAGCCCUGCAGAAAAUUCUACUGCAAAUGCUCUUUCAGGGGACAGCGCAAACGACUGUAACGCAAUAAACUGUAAAGCAAGUGUCGAUGAACAUGAGGACCAACCUGAGAGGAAAGUGAUAAUGAGGGAAAAGAAAGUACGGAAAGAAAGUGAACAAGAACGAAGACAGAGGCUGUCUGUGCACAUGGACGAGAUUAUGAGGGAUAACGCAAGUGCAGCAUUGGAAAUCUUUGAUCAGUUAAGAAAGCAAGAGGAGCUAAAAACAAUCCUCUCCAAAGUUGAAGAGAUUGAAGAAGAUAAAAGCCAGGAACAUGUAAGUGACCUUCAAAAGAUAUUUGAUAAUGUGCCAGAUUGGGCUGUGCCUCAGAAACAACUUAGUCCCAAAAGCAUUGUGGUGGAAAAGAACGCGGUAAGAUCCGAGACAGUCAGCGAACGUGAGAUGAUGUCAUCGAUGCAGGUGGCGUACGGCGACCUCGAAAAAGCAAGCGCUGCAAUUAUUACUUUAAAAGAGCAAACCUUGUCAAGACUUAUGGACAUCGAGGAGACCAUCAAGAAGGCUCUUUAUUCAGUCUCGACGCUGCAAAACGACUCAGACAUCGCUGGGCUCUCAGGUCUGUUUAAGGAGUCCAUGAUGGAUGUGAGUAGUUCUGCUAUCUCAGGAAAUAUACGGAAAAUAAGCAUCGGGUCAAGCAAAACCCCAAAAGCCCAGAGUGGGAAUAACCUAGACGUUCCUGCAAAGAGCAUUCCAGGAGAACCUGCAAAGCAAGCAGAGAGAUCAAAACCAGAGCUUAGUCCUCCAGCAACUAAACCAAGGUCAGGAUCUCCUUCAUCACCUUCCUUUAUUUCUAUCCAGUCUGCUGCCAGAAAGAACACAGAGCCACCAGCACCUCAAAAACCUCAACGUAGCCCCCAGAAACCAGAGACCUUCCAGUCUACCACCUCUUACAACGUGACUGCUGACUGCAGACUUUCCUGCAUUGGUAAGGGACCCUGCUGCAGCCCUGCCAAUGAAAGAAGACAGGUCAGCACCCUGCAAGUGCAAACAAUCCCAGAGAGGGAGAAAAUCGUAGGAACCAAGACCAUCCGAGAGAGAUAUGAAGAAACAUACUCCUUCGGCAACAAGUUCUACUCCUCCAAAACCUCCACCGUGAUGACCACUCAGCCUGAAACAAGCACCUGUCUCAGAAAACAAUUUAUGAGCAGUCCAGACACCGCCGAAGUCGUCACUUUUCCGAGAAUUAACAUAGCCUCUGUCAAAGGAAAUCAUGCUGAAUCCUAAGAGUAAUACUUAUUAUGUGUUAUAUUUAAACUUUUGUGCACUUGUUUUGGUUUGGUUUUAGUUUUAAGUUUAGGAAUGUGUAGUGUUCUUGUUUUUAAAGUUAGUGUAAGUUAAAAGGAAAACGUAUCAGGUAUCUUUUUGUACUUCUGUUUUGAAAUGGGUUCAACUAUGACAAGCAAUACACAUUUUUACGGUGUUCACUUUUUUAAUAUUUCUGCUGUUCAUCUAAUCCCAUUCCAAAUGAUCUUCACUUCAAGACAAUUUACAGAUGACUGAUAAGGAAGAGAUUUUUAUGUCCAUGAAUUAUUGGAAAUAUGAAAAUGAUAAUUUAAUAAAUAAUAAAUAAACUGUGUUGCAUA